CUCGAGCUGGCGGCGCUGCCUCCCCGCGCUGCCGCCUCGCCUCGCCCAUACAAGCCGUGCCGAGCCGUGCCGAGUCGUGCCGUACCGAGGGGGCUAGCCGGCCAGCCCUCGCCCCCACCGCUCCCCCUUUACGGCUGCCUGCCCCCCAUCCUCUCUCCGCAGUGAGGAGAGGAGCCGCGGAAGCUCGCUUGCGGCUGGCCCUGCCGGCGAUGGAGCGGGCGUCGCCCCCCGCCUCAGCCUGCCCGCCGCCCACAGGAGGGCGGUGACCGAGCUGGCGCCCCACCGGGGGCUGGCGCGACCCCUCGCAGCGCCCCGCUCGGAUGUCACGGCGCCCCGGCCGCUGCCCACCUCGGGGGUGGGGGGCGUGGAGCUGGCGGCAGACGCAGCCCCGGCUGCCUGAGGGAGCGCCCCGGCGGCCGCCAGGUAGGAUGAGAGCUGGGUGGCUGACAGUCUUCCCAGAAAACACAUCCUGCUUCAACCAGCAGUUCCUGGGUUUGCAGUGGGAGUUGCUCAGUAAAACUAUCUGCCUUCUGAUAGUAAGCGAGCAGCAGAGCUGGAAAACUUGGCAGUAAACUCUUUGUCUUUCCUACCUGUAUCCAUGGAUUGUGGAUUUUGCAAGCUAUAUUUGUUGCUUUAAUGCAAGUACCUGUUACAUGAGAUGACCUUGCUUCACUAAUAUCUGUGGUCUGUAUCAAGCUACAGUAUCACUGCUGUUGAUAUGAAGAUAACAGUCUGGAGCAGGGAAGUGGUGGAAUGCUACCACCAAAAGUGCGAGCAAUGAGCAGUUUCAACCUGGUGCAGUGAUCAUCUCCUGGACUUUUAACCCAUUAAGUCUUAAGUGUUGGGUCAGUUUUGCAGCUAACCUCACAAGCAGAGGAGGGGGAGAGUUGUAAAGAACAGAAACAAGCCAGAGGAGCCUGUGCAGACUGGUAGUCAUCCUUGAAGAAAUGUCAGUUUCCUUCCUGAUCAAGGGCCCGUGACAGAGGGUGAGACCAAAUCAGUGGAGUCAUGCUUCACACAGCUGUAUCUUGCUGGCAGCCGUUCCUAGGUCUGGCUCUGCUGCUAGUCUUCAUGGGUCCCACCAUAGGCUGCCCAGCCCGCUGUGAAUGCUCAGCCCAGAACAAGUCCGUCAGCUGUCACCGGAGGCGCCUGAUGGCCAUUCCAGAGGGCAUUCCCAUUGAGACCAAAAUCUUGGACCUUAGUAAGAACCGACUGAAGAGCGUCAACCCUGAGGAGUUCACGUCAUACCCCUUGCUGGAGGAGAUCGACCUCAGCGACAAUAUAGUCGCCAAUGUGGAGCCUGGAGCCUUCAACAAUCUCUUCAACUUGCGCUCCCUGAGGCUGAAAGGAAACCGUCUGAAGCUGGUUCCCCUUGGGGUGUUCACUGGGUUGUCAAACUUAACAAAACUUGAUAUAAGUGAAAACAAGAUUGUCAUUUUGCUGGACUACAUGUUCCAAGAUCUACAUAAUCUAAAGUCCCUGGAGGUUGGGGACAAUGAUUUGGUCUAUAUAUCACACAGGGCCUUCAGUGGACUGCUUAGCCUGGAGCAGCUCACCCUGGAGAGAUGCAACCUCACAGCUGUACCAACAGAAGCUCUUUCCCACCUCCACAACCUCAUCAGUCUGCAUCUGAAACAGCUCAACAUCAACGCUUUGCCUGCAUAUGCCUUCAAAAGAUUGUUUCGCCUGAAAGACCUGGAGAUAGAUUCCUGGCCCCUCCUGGACAUGCUGCCUGCCAACAGCCUGUAUGGUCUCAACCUUACUUCUCUCUCCAUCACUAACACCAACCUGUCUGCAGUACCUUACUCUGCUUUUAAACAUCUGGUUUACCUGACACAUCUAAACCUCUCCUACAACCCUAUCAGCACCAUUGAAGCAGGCAUGCUCUCCGAUUUGGUACGCCUGCAGGAGCUCCAUAUGGUGGGGGCCCAGUUACGUACCAUUGAACCACAUGCUUUCCAAGGGCUCCGAUUCUUACGUGUGCUUAAUGUGUCCCAAAACCUGCUAGAAACCCUAGAAGAGAAUGUAUUUCAUUCCCCCAAAGCCCUUGAGAUCCUCUGCAUUAACAAUAAUCCUCUAGCCUGUGACUGCCGCCUCCUUUGGAUUUUACAGAGGCAACCCACUUUGCAGUUUGGAGGCCAGACACCAAUGUGUGCUGGCCCAGACAGCGUCAAGGAGAGGUCAUUCAAGGACUUUCACAGCACAGCUCUCUCCUUUUACUUCACCUGUAAGAAGCCCAAGAUACAAGACAAGAAGCUGCAAUACCUGGUAGUGGAGGAAGGGCAGACAGUGCAGCUAAUGUGCAAUGCUGAUGGGGAUCCACAGCCCACCAUAUCAUGGGUUACCCCACGUCGGAGGCUGAUCACAACUAAAUCAAAUGGAAGAGCCACUGUUCUGGGAGACGGCACACUGGAGAUUCGAUUUGCUCAAGACCAGGACACUGGGAUAUACAUUUGUAUUGCAAGUAACGCAGCUGGGAACGAUACCUAUUCGGCCUCCCUUACGGUGAAGGGGUUUACUUCAGACCGUUUCCUUUAUGCCAACAGGACCCCUAUGUAUAUGACAGACUCCAACGACACCAGUUCCAAUGGAACUAAUGCGAACACUUUCUCUCUGGACCUUAAGACAAUAUUGGUGUCCACAGCUAUGGGCUGCUUCACAUUCCUCGGAGUGGUUUUAUUUUGUUUCCUACUUCUUUUUGUGUGGAGCAGAGGGAAAGGCAAACACAAAACCAGCAUUGACCUUGAAUAUGUCCCUCGCAAAAACAAUGGUGCUGUAGUUGAAGGGGAGGUUGCUGGACCGCGAAGGUUCAACAUGAAAAUGAUUUGAUGGUGUUCUGCUAGCAGUGCUUUUUCUGUGGCAUUAUAACCAAUUAAACCAGCCUGACAUGUGGAAUUGCUGGGCAGAAGCAGCUUAAUGCAGCUGUCACUGUAUCAAAAGGUUAUGUGGAAAUUGAAAGACUAUUUGUGGUUGUACAGCAGAGCCUCCAGACCUUGAGGCAAAUAUGUCAGGGCCUUUCAUAGAACUGGUAAAUUGUACUAACUGUUUGCAUUGCAAAUAUUGGCAUUCUGGGGAUAUCAGCAAUGAACCGUUGGCUCAUGCUCAUGGACAAUUGUUCAACAUUUUCUACCACUACAAAAAGAAAAAGAAAAAGGAAAAAAAAAAAAAAGCCUACAGUGUAGGAUUUACAUACUUAAAGAAAAAGACACAUUUGUCUAAAGCAUACUCUACAGUGAAAUUUGUAUCUAUAGAUCUCAUUUGGUAAAGAGCCUUGCAUCAUACCUUCUAGUUGGUUCAACACCACAAAAAUUGGUAGUUUUGUUUUGUUGUUGUUGUUGUUGUUUUUUAAUAUACAUCUAUACUGUGUACAUUUUAAAGCAAUACAAAUGAGAGGUUGUGCUUUUAGAUAUCCACCAAUACUGACCCAAGUGUGAUGUCACCCUCCUUUUAACGAUCAUCUAACCCAAAUUAGACUCUUGUAGUUACCAAUUAGAAACAACAUAAAAUAUUUUUCUCCUCAUGUAGAAGGCCAGAGAUGAAUAGUUGAGAGCAAAAAUGCUCAGCUCUGUUGAUCUUCUCUUCAUAUAAAUAUAAGGCAUGUGCCUAGUUUUGAUACAGAAUGGAAUAUUUUUUAUAUCUGUGAUAUCACACUGGACCAGUUUACUGUAAUGUAGCCCUGGAUCACACCCAGGGAAGGCAACCCACUAGAUAUUGCUGGCAUAGAAGAGUUGAGUUCUACCUUGAUGAGAGGAAGCUGUUUUUGUUAGCCUUGAUUUUAAUUUCUAAGCUAUUGUUAAAAUGUUAAUGUGUAUGGGGCAAAAUGAAAGAAAGUAAUACAUUCUGCAUACUCCUUGGGAAAUAUGGUAAUCUUACUAUUUGCAGGAGUGAAUUAAAACAUACAAAAGCUUUGCUGCUAGGAAUGAACUCUUCUCCAAUGCUAGUAAACUAGGGUUGUCCAUGCAUAAUAUGGGGAUUAUAAUACUAAAAUAAUGUUUAAAACAUGAUAGCCUCAAAAAGGCUAACAUACUGCCAGAUAUAACGAACCUCUAGCCACUGUCAUUCUCAUCUUGUAUAUUUGUAGAUAACAUAAACGAAAAGCUAAUUUCCAAGAACAGAUUACUUAGCUAUUCUUGAUGCCAUUUUAAUAAAUAUGUGGUUAUGUUUCUUUCAGGGGCAGUAUAUUAGAACAAGAGGUGCAAGUUUUUCCAGGUUUUAGAAAGAUUUUUAAAUGGGGAGAAGAUGAAAGUGGAAUGUUAGUUCAGUACAAGGUUGUUUUUUUUUUUUUCUUUGUUUUAUGCCUCUAAACAAAUACUCAAAAGGCUCAGAACUGAAGAUUUAUUCUUUAUUGUUGAUUCCUAUGUUCUUAAUUUGAAACUGUCAGCAAAGGGAAGAUACUGAGUUGUUCAGCGACCUCUCAAUUUUCUAGCAAUUAUGAGCCUUAUGUUUGUUGUUAAGUGGUUAAUAACAAAUACGAUUUAUAAAUAAUUGGAAUUUACCAGAGUAAGGAUAAUAAUGACUAUGUAUGUGUAUAGCCAAAAAGGAUAUGAAAAUGUUGUAAGACAGAACAUUCAGAUUAAUGUGAUUUAAGAGCCUGCGUCCAAUCUUAAAAUUUCAGCACUCUGAAACCAAAGUCAGGUUGGCCUGUAAUGGGAUGCUGGUGCUUCUAAAAACUAUUAUCCACAUUUUUUGGCAGAGGUUUUCUAAGCAGGUUAAAAAUCUUCCACUGCUACCAAGGGAAAUGUGCCAGAAGUUUUACAAUCCAGCUGUGCUCCCCAGGUAUAUCCCUAAUAUAGCUGUAUGACCCAGGGCCAAGGCAGUUUUGAGAAUCUCUGUUCUUAGUGGCUGAUCUGUGGUUGCAUCACUGCUCCAUUUUAGGUCACCCAAUAGAGAAGGAUGCGAGGGUUGUUAGAAUUUUCUUCACUUUAGCUGGCUUUAAGUUGAGCUUCAUUUUGUUGCUUUCUUUUUUUGUGUGUGUUCUGAACUAGACAGCUGAAGAUUUAUGGAGAUGCUUGAGAUUAAUCCUCUUUGUUCUAUGAAAGUUUGUAAAACGUUAACAAGAUUGAACAACCCCUGACUAAACACUAACACCAGGGAAAUUGUUUUUGCUGAUAAAAUAACCACCGCACUGAAGCCCAAACUCUACUGUACCUUAAUGUGGGCAGUUAAAGAAACAAAUGGGGAUAAAACAAAGUGUUUCUGAACUGCCCAUUAAAGACAUUUGCAUGUGCCUUUCCCUUGUAAUUGUUAUUUUUCAAUUAGUAAUCUAUUACCCCUGCAGUCAUUUCAUGUUAAAUGUUAAAAUCAAUGUUAAAAGCAAAAAUUCUCCCAAAGUUUAGACAAUUGCAGCAGAUUGCUUCAUAUUAAUGGUCAAAAUAAUAAUUAAAAAAAAAAAAAUCUUAAAAAAAUCUAGCAAAAAUGUGCUUUUAGGAUUAAUUAUGAAUGGCUGAAGUCCCCUCUUUCCUUAGAAUGGUUCUAAAAAGUGAUUGCAUUGUUAGUGUACUGCAGGGAUUUCUGAGCAGUAAUGUGCUUAGUUACCUAAGUGAAAUGUGUCCUGGUGAUGAAAAUUACUGCUUGCUUUUGCAGAGCACCACCUUACAGAGCUGUCAGCAUUGUGUGUAUUGCCCUGAGUUCAGUCAGUAUUCAGUUUUUAAGAAUCAGUGUUUGCUCCCUGCCUCUAGCUAUGUUCUACUUUUUGCAGCCUACUUAUUUCACCGUGGACUUGGCAAGGCAUAUGGCAUCUCUUAACAGAAAUAAGGAGAGCAAGACUCAGAGGCAGGCUUUUAUCUUGAUCCCCACAGUCUUGCUCCCCAGAUGUGUAUUCCUGGGUCACACACUAACUGCAGGGUAAAUAGGAGUGCAGUGCUGGGGUCAGCCCUAGACAACCACCAUUUGGGCAGUUUUUUGUUGGUUGGUUGUUUUUUUUUAAGAAUAAAGGGACUGUAGCUAACUGCAUGCCUACUCUGCCUCUUAUGUGUUCCCAGUCUCUUCUCCAUCUGUUCUGGAGAUCAAGGAAACUGCAAUUUAUUGCAAGGAAGCUGGAGCAUAUCAGAGGAAAAGAAAUGGGGCUACGAUGUGACAUCUGCCGCACGUGGCUCCCCUGUCAUUUAUUCAGAUGCAGGUGGACAGUGCAUACCUGCCAUUACAUGAGGGAACAAAGGGGUUUUCUCUGCUUUUGACUUGUACAUUGGCUACUCCCUCAUGCUGGCACAAGGACAAGCCUGGCCUUUCCUGCUGGUCAGCAAAAGCCUCUGUGGAGCAGCAGUAGUUCUGCAGAAAGGGAGAAAAGAGGGAAGGCCGAAACCAGCAGAGCCACUUGAGAAAGCAGGUACACCGUUACCUUUGUCAACAGUUCUUAUAAGUUCUGUGCUAACAUAACGUAAGUUCCUGCAAAUAUAUUUUGAAGUCCACUUAUGCAGACCGAUGCUUCGUUCUCUUCCUCUUUGAUAAUGAAUGUAUCCUUAUCCUUCCCGAGAGUGAGUUAAAGAGGACACUGCAAGCAAUGUCUUAAAAAAGAGUUUGCAAUGAUAAAAGGGUGAUGAUGAAUAACCAGCACCCCAUCUCAGCCAUAUGUAUAGAUUUGGGGCUGCUUUUCUCUUUUUUCCUUCUUCCUUUCUUGUUAACUUCGGAAUAUUCUUCUCAGAAAGGCUUAGUUUAUGAUAUCACCUCCAUUAGAUUCAGACUGGGAAGGCUGCUUUUGCUUUCUGCUCCCCACUCCUUCACCAUUCAUAUGCACUGCCAGUGUCAACAGGGUCAACAGCUCCACACGCAACAGAAAUCAGACAGGAGACACGGAGACCCUGGAGAACUGUUGAUGUGACCUGAGGUCAAUAGGCAUUUAUUUAAGUAAACACUCUUUAAUUAGGACAAUCCCAAAGCUGAUGUCAUUCAUACUGCCAAUUCAAUAUUUCCUUUAUUUACAUGAAUGGUAUGGUUGUUUGUUUUUUUCCUCAUUCCUUGCAGCAUGAUAUUGCAUCACCUAUGAUGGUAAUAAUGACAUCAUAAAGGAAAGUAAGAAAGCCAAAUUGUGCACUCAGCACCACAAAUUGUAGUUGAGGUAUAUGAGACACAGUGAGAAGUCAGCAUUACUACAAAGUCAUAACUAACUCUUGUGAUUGAUGAAGAAAGUGGUAGAGAUGAAAUUUGGAAUGUAGGCCAUGUUGCAAAUGAAAUACAUCAACGAUAUGUAGAAACACGCUUUCAUACACCAUGCCUACACAUCUGCUUUAGACAUUACUCUUAACCUUAAAAAAAAAAAAAAAAAAAAAAAAAAAACUUCAAGAUGCAGGAAUGCCAGAAACCCACAUUUAAGACUUAGAAAGCUGAAAGAUUGGUUGAAAAUCCAGUAGAGCAAUGAGCUUCUGGCUGCCCAGCACCACCCAUAGCUUUUAGCAAAGAGAGCUAAGAAACUGCAGACAGUCAUUUUUGUCACAUAUGCCGCACCAUCCUGUGAAAAAGGGGUUCAUAAUGAAAGGGCCAAUCCUUACGCAUUUUUCUUCAGAAAGGGAAAUAUUUGUGUAAAUAAGUGACUGUUCCACCUCCUUCCCCAGCCAUAAAACACACAGCAAGAAGUGAGAAAGGGGAGGCCUAUUCUGGCAUGGUUGUGUAAUUACUGUUUUCCGCCGAGUGAUCCCAGUUUACCUGGGACUAGCAUGAUGACUGUGCUCUGUCCAUUCCCAUCCUUUCAGUUCACAAUGCGGCUUGACAUGGAGUUGCAGGGAAAAGAAUACAUGGACAAGCUGUCCCUCCUCCCUCAGCUGUAGCUCUGUUCUUCUCAAAUACAAGAACCAACAUAGCAGUAUCGUCGGAGUCCGCUGCAGCUGAUCUGUAGGUUUGCCAUAAAACCGUGUAUGGGCUAGCACUGGAUACAUGCUUUCUGACCUGGUUUCAGUGUCCCAGGUGUCUUCCCUUUGCGCUGAAAAGACAUAGUAGAGAACUAAGGAAAGAAGAACUAAAAACUAUUACAUACGGUAAUUUAAACGUUAAUUGUCCCUGGAGGAGUUAAAGGAACAUCUUUGGAAGAGACAAAAGGCCUGAUUGCUGUUGCAUCACUGAACAAUGAAGGAGAUUUUUCAAGUUAGCUGAGCAGUUUGGGUACCCUAUUCCUAUCACCUGUAAUGAGAAUUAUAAACUCUAUUUUCAUUGGCAACAUAGAAAAAUCACAGCUAGCUUGUUCAGUGAUACAUGCUACCUUUCUUUGUUUUCUAGCUCUGCCCUUCUCCCUUCUCAGUUGCAAAUGACAGUAAUCCCAAAUGAAGAUCUUUGGAUUCAGUUUAGUUUCACUGUAUGCUCCCCUGGUUUUUGGAAUCUACAUCUCAAAAUAUGAUCUUAAAUCCUCUUCAAACCAAAAACAAUUAAAAAAAAUAAAAAAAAAAUAAAAGGAAGAACUAUAAGUAAGCCUCCUCCUGCUAACAAAAUAAACAAGCAUCUGUGAAGUUCUUCUUAUUGCUACUGAGACAGAUACAAGGCAAAAGCAAUCUGCAGGUUGAAUGUUUCUUUUUUUCCUUUCUUCUUCUUUUUCACUAGAAGCGGGUGGUUGGAUAUAAGGCCAGCUGAAAAUAUAAUUCUUUACAUAUAGCCUCAGCAGAAUGAGAAAAGAGCUGGCAUAGUCAAGAAAAUUGUUAUUUUAACUUAAGGAUACUUUAUCCUUCAUAUUCAAACAGCUCAUAGAAGAGUAUAAAAGAGCAGACUUUUACCUCAUAACUUGAUUAUUCUUAUUUAUUCAAACUGGCACCAAAAUUAUCAUGAAGCAGAAGUGUUGGAACAAAAGACUAAAAACAGAUUUUCUACUCUAGUGAGUCAGUAUAAAUCAGGAAAAAACCCCUUGACACCCAUUCUGUUGCUCCUUGGUUAAACUAGAAAUUUGAUAUAGGAAUAUAGUUUUUUUUUUCUUUCUACUAAGGGGCUCUAGUGGAAAAUAAGCAGAAGUUAUGUUUUAAUUAUUUCUCACCUUGUGGCAUACCUUCUAUUCCAGAUUGCUUUAAUAUUUGUCUGUUAACUGAGCUGGAGAAUUUUAAAAUACAGAUUCUGGGAAGAAAAGAAAACAGGCAAAAGCAAAAGAAAGUCUGCCAAUCUGUGGUAUUUGCAAGUCAACAACACUAUCUCCUCAUAUAUAAUCCAAGAAUAACGAGUUGAAAUUUCAAGGCAGCUGUGAAGACGGCUGUCAACAUGUACACGUUAAUAAUUUUGAUUUUCCAGAAAACAAAAGGUUAUUGCUUCUGAAAUAAUUCAUUUAUGCCGCUUUGAUACCUAAAAACAAAUGUCACUUUGUCCUCCUAACACUGGGCACUGUAUCAAUAGGUAGGAAAUGAUAACACUGAUCUAGUGAGCUUACAGCCUUAUAGUAGGAAGUUGGUUUAUGGGCAAGUACAUAUGAUAGCAAGUCUCUCAUUCUUUGGGGAGGGAAUGCCAUAGUUCAUAACUAUUAGAGUAUCGUCACAAUUACUGAAAUCUAUUUGCAAGCACAUGUAGUUCAUAUGUAUAUGUUUAUGUGUGGGGAAAAAAAAAAAAAAAAAAAAAAAGUUAUAUUUGUUUUGUUCUUUUUCUUACUUCAAGUAUUAAAUGUAUAUUGUUUUUAAAAGGUGACAAGGUUAACCAGAAAAAAAAUGUGUUGUAAUUUAUUUUAAUAUAUAUGAUCAUGAUUAUGGAUGGGAAAUGAACUAGCACUGCUGUUAUGAUUCAUGAAGCACAUGACAAGUCAGGUUUGUCCAUAAGUCUGCUUCAUGUUUGAGCAAAAUAUGGUAAUAUCAAUGAAAAAAAAAAAAAAAAAAAAAAAAAAAAAGUUGUUUGUCAAGACAGUUGUCCUGAAUGUCAUUUUAAAAUUUACUUUAGGGCUUAUGUCAUAAUGUGUAUCAUACUUAACCAAAAUGAAACCCAAAUAAAUAAUUCCGUGGAGUGGCAACAUUUACUGGGAGAAGUGAAGAAAACUUACACUGCUUCCCUUAAUGCAACUGGUCACUUUUUUUCAAGGGGUAGAGAGGAAACUAAGCUGAGAAAAAUACAGUUUUCUCAGCACCAGUCCCAACAUCCUUAGUGUCAAGUCUUCACAACAGGUAAUGCACUCAGACCAGUCAUUCCUGAACUGAAAAUAUAAGCCAUUACAACCGGGAAGAGAAUACUCCAGGUAUUUUUCUUGUGCUGACCUUCACUCCUCCGUCACGGCAUGGAGCCAUCAGAAACAGAGAAAAACCCAGGUCGUAUUCAGACAUGCUUUGGGAUUUAUUCUCCAGGCAAAGUAUCAGACAGCUUGUUCCUUCACCUUCACUAGCACAGCACGUGCAGAUAAUUGGUGGGGUACUGGUCAGCCUAAUGUCAGAAGGAAAAAGUCUGCCACAUUCCAGUACCCUGGAGACAAAUUUCACCAAGUGUCUAUCACUUAUUUUAUGAAGGCAAUCAAUACUGAAUAUCUAAUUCUGAAACAUGUUUUCUGAGGAAAACACCAGUAUUCAAACCUCUCUGUAACCGCACCACAGAAAAUAAGUAGUGAAAGACAGAAGCUGAGUUUGAAAGCUAUUCCCAGCCUGAAGCCUGCCAUGACCCACCAAAUCCAUGGCAGGGAUCAGCUUUGAAGGACAUGGGCCAUAACUGGCCUGUGCUACUGAUGCUACUCUCAUUCACAGCUGGUUGCUUUUACCAACAGAGGAUUUUGCUUAUGUUUUCUAGGAUAAUCUGAAAUAAGAUUUAUCAAUCGUGAAUCCAUUAUCCUCUAAGCCAGGGUCUUGUUCACUAGGAGGGGGAAACAGAGUUGAUUUUGCUACCUCAAGAAAGGAAGAUGCAGACUGAAAUCCUGCUGGAUUGUUAGGAGCAGAGACAGGCAGAAACUGAAUGUGAGCUCUCCCAAACCUCUUGCAAUCUGUUGUAUCCUUUUGCAUUUGACACCCUCAAAAGAUUUUGGCUGACUUGCACACUGCACUGUACCGCAGUAGACUAUCAAAUGUCAAUUGUCAAAAUUCUGUGGGAAAAACUUGGAUCAUGUUAAGGAUCUGCUUGAUUUCAUGUUAUUUUUCUUCAGUCUGAUCAUCUGAUUUACAGUCUGCAGUGUGCUGCAGUAGAGCCUUCAAUAUGACAUGAAAAAACAACCAUCACACACUACUACUGCAUUGAGAACACUGAGUUUGAAAAGGACAGACAAUGAUGGUUCCUGGAAGGGUUCUUCUACACUAAGCUUUACACUUCCUUUAUGCAAUUCAGGUUCACUUGUGGAUUACCUGAUACUAUCUCAAGAGGGGGGAACUUGUUCCUAUAACAGGGUUUAAUACACAGUUUCCAGUUCUUACAGUAAAGAAAACAUGAGUCUUUCCCAUGAUAACCAGGUUAAAAAAAAAGAAAAAAAAAAACUGUCACAUCAGGCAAUUGGCAAAAAAUUCAUUGAAAUCAACCCCAUUCAAGCUGGGGUCUGAAGAGAAAGAUUUGUGCUCCCGUUAUAUCUAUUACUUUCAGAAGA